AUGGAUUCAGACAAGAAUCCAUCAAACUCAGCCCAGCACGAUGAGCUUCGUAUAGAAUCGGGUGAUAAUCAUCCGAUUGGGGAGAUUUUUUUCACCAAGAAGCUGCAUAAACAUCACGAUGAUGCCCUCGAUUUCCUCCAAUCUGCAGUGGAGCAUAGCUUCACCUACACAGACGAGGAAGCGACUAUCGUGCGGUGGAAAGUCGAUUUAAUGUUAAUGCCACUGUUACUUGGGACGUAUACCCUGAACUUUUUAGACAAAGGCAUUCUGUCCAAUGCGUCAGUGUUUGGACUCAAGGAUGAUACGCAUCUCGUCGGUCAAGAGUACAGCUGGGUUGCGAGCAUAUUCUACUUCGGCUAUAUGGUUGGACAGCCAGUGAACGCGUAUAUGCUUCACAAAGUCCCUAUGGGUAAAUGGAUCGCUGGCAAUGUACUCGGAUGGGGUGUAUGCAUUUUAUUGGGAAUCACUGCCAAGAACUUUGCAGGUAUCGCUACAUCAAGAUUCUUUCUUGGACUUUUUGAAUCUGUCACGAACCCGGCAUUUGUGCUAAUCACUAGCCAAUACUAUACUCGCAAGGAACACUCCCUUCGCUCGUGUAUAUGGUGGGCAGGCAACGCUGUUGGGUCUUUCUUUGGGGAUUUGAUCGCGUACGGGAUUGGCCAUGGCCAUGGGCCGCUAUCGCCGUGGAAGUACAUGUUCAUCACUUUCGGUGGAUUCACAAUCCUCUGGUCUGUGAUGCUCAUACUAUUUUUGCCUGAUUCCCCGUGGAGAAUGAAAUUCUUAAACGAACGAGAGAAAAAAAUCGCCGUACUGCGAGUAAUGUCAAAUCAUACCGGCAUCAGUUCCUCACAUUGGCAAUGGAAACAAGCAGUCUCUGUUCUUGUGGAUCCCCAGGCUUGGAUGUUCUUUUGUAUUGCAUUUAUACAAUGCCUUCCAGGUGGCGGAUUGACAGCCUUCAAUAAACUUAUCCUAACAGGACUCGGCUAUACCAACCUUGAAGCGACUAUAUAUUCUAUGCCAGAGCACGCCAUUCAGCUCUUCAGUAUUAUUCUUGCCUUGAUUGUGUAUUAUGUGCCGGCGUCAAGCAAACUCACCCGCUUGGCUGGUGUGUACAUUCUCUUCACCAAUACCAUUAGUUAUAUCAUGGUAUUAAGUCUUGUCGCUUCUAAUUUCGCUGGAAUGUCUCGCAAGUUGGCUGUUUCCGCGGGGAUAUUUCUUGCUUAUUCGGCAGGGAAUCUUGUCGCACCGCAUCUGUUCAUCGACUCGGAGGCACCCCUCUACCCAACGGGCUUUCGAGGAAUGAUUGCCUCAUUUGUAACCUUAAUUGUGUUGGCUCUCAUCCUUAUGACCUAUCUGAUUUUACAAAACAAACAGCGCGACAAGAAAUAUGGGAAAGUUGAUCCCGAUGCCAUACAGGAGGAUGACUUCCUGGACCUAACUGACAAGGAGCUGCAUUAUUUUCGAUACGCUUGGUAA